AUGGAGAACCGGACAGUGAUCAGCGAAUUCAUACUCUUGGGCUUCACAGACAUUCAGGAGCUGCAAAUUAUCAUCUUCACAAUUCUCACCAUCACCUACAUUUUGACAAUAGCGGGAAACCUCCUGAUCAUUGUAGUCACCCUUGUCGACAGUAAUCUCCAGACCCCCAUGUACUUCUUCCUCAGGAACUUCUCUCUCUUGGAAAUUGGCUUCACUUCUGUUGUCAUUCCCAAAGCAUUGUUCAACAUGGCACUAGGCUCAAAGACAAUUUCUUUUCUUGGGUGUCUUACUCAAUCCUUUCUGUAUUUUUUGGUGGGAACUACUGACUUGUUGCUAUUAGCAGCAAUGUCCUUUGACAGGUACGUGGCCAUUUGCAACCCUCUGCAUUAUAACACCAUCAUGAACACUCGAGUUUGUUCACUGUUGGUUUUGGGCUCUUGGAUUGAAAGUUUCCUCUUUCUGAUUAUCCCAUCACUACUGUUUGUCUGGAUGCCCUUCUGUGGGUCUAAUGUUUUAGACCACUUCUUUUGUGAUGGUACACCCAUGAGAAAAUUGCUCUGUGGAGAUAGACGACUUUUAGAUAUGAUUUCUCUCAUUAUAGCACUUUUCUCUCUGGUCAGCGGUCUCACAGUCAUUAUCAUGUCUUACAUCAAAAUCACCCUCACUGUGAUAAGGAUCCCGUCUGCUACAGGUAGGCAAAAAGCCUUCUCCACCUGUGCUUCUCACCUCACUGUGGUCUCCAUCACCUAUGGCAGCUGUAUAUUCAUGUAUGGCAAACCUGCAGGGAGCAAUGGGCUGGACAGCAGUAAGUCGGUUGCUGUUCUCAACACCAUAGUUUCUCCUCUACUAAACCCUUUCAUUUACACCCUGAGGAAUAAGCAGGUUCAAAAUGCCUUGAAAGAUAUUGCCCAUCGAGCAUGGUGUUUUCGAUGGUCCUGGGAAUCUGGUGGGAAGUGA